GUUGAGUUGUCACCUAAAGCGGGGCUUCUCCAGCGACGCGGGGUGGAUGGAGGUACCUUGCGUUGCUUUGUUGCGCGUCAAGCUCCGACCGAUCUACAACGUAGCUUCAGUUCUGUCAAACAAACUACCUACCUACCUUAGAUAUCUGGAUCUUUGAGAGUAGCGCGCAAGACCAUACUCAUCAGAAGUUUGAUCAAUUAAAGAUGGCUUCUGGAACAUCGGCGACAGAGAUCGCCUCGCUUGAGCAACUCACUCAAGCCAUAGGCUCUGAUUCGAACAGCACGGUUCUAGUCUAUUUCUACAAUGGCCUGUCUAAAGAAUCCAAACCGUCGCACAUGUCCAAAAUUUUCGAGGCGUUUGCUAGCAAGUCCCAGGUUGCCGGCUCUGCGCUGGGCCACGUCCGGUUUCUCCGAGUAGAUGUGGCGAAGAAUCAGGAUAUCGCUGCCACCUUCGACAUUACGAACCCUCCCGACAUCCUCGCAUUCCGAAAUGGCGAGCCCAUACCGCUCGAGGCUCUCCUACCACAGCUUCAGCAAGAGCUCAAGGCCGGCGGAGCUGGCUCCUCGAGCGGUAGUGCGGCAGAAGGCAGUGGUAGCCAGGCCGCGUGGCUCGGAGCAGACCUGCCGCGUAGCUACAAGGAUGUCACAGAGCAGGUUGAGAUGAAGAGGGUCGAACUGCUCAACGUUGAUGGCGAGAAAGGAAACGUCAGGGUCCUUUUCUCGGGGGCGAAGCCAAGUGCUUUGACUACCGGCAAGGGCAACGAGAUUGACUGGGUGGAGAGCGACACAGAUGAGCAACUGCUGCUUUUCAUGCCUUUCCAGGCAAUGCUGAAGCUUCACACUCUUCAGAUAACCUCAAUCCCGCCAACUGGUGACGAUGUAGACGACGACGAGAAACCGAUGCGGCCGAAGGUGAUCAAGCUUUUCAUCAACCGCCCUACCAAUCUCGGGUUUGACCAGGCCGAAAGCACAGCGCCUACUCAGAUGAUCGAGAUCGCCGAGAGUGACUGGAAUGCGGAUGGAACUGCCAACAUCCCAUUACGAUUUGUCAAGUUCCAAAACAUCAACAGCCUAAUCAUAUUCAUUGAGGCCGGUGACGGUAGCACAGAGUCAGAGAAGGUGCGACUGGACAGGCUACGACUGAUUGGGGAAACUGGGGAGAAACGUGAGAUGGGCAAGUUGGAGAAGAUUGGCGACGAACCUGGAGAGUAGGGUCGAGUCGAGUUGGAAUUUGAUUCUACAGAGUACAGCCAACAUCUGGGGCGAUGCGAUUGAGUCACGAGCAGUCCAGAUAUAUACAAUUGGGCGGACGGGUUUGCAGAGUACGUAUUACGCCAGUGCUUGUCAUUGCUUUGGCUUGGAAUAUAGAUGAUGGCGGGAAUUAAUCUCGAUAGAUAGGUGGCCGUUGCUAGGUUCCAAUGCAGAUGGGCCGCAAGACAUACAAGGCAGGACAAGAUGUGACUCAACCAAUGACUGGCCAUUAGAUCAAUCUGGUUGACUUCGCAGGAGAUCCUGAUUCCUGACCCUAUUUCGAACUGCACGACGCAAGCAGUGGGAUAAAUAGAGUACCCUAACACGGUAUUCUAGCCCGUGCCACAGGCGAGGCAAAGCGGUCAGUAUCCGAGCCUAGCUUUGCCAAAAGUGUGUUUUGAAUUCAACAGCACACAUGACGAUCCGAGUAAUAUUUGUCCAGUCUCCCCACACGCCCAAAAAGCCAGGUAAAACCAGCUGAACGGGACAAGUUGCUGAGGCAUGACCGGCCUGCAAUUUUGAUUAAUCUGGGGCCCAACUGACGCUACGAAUGAUCCAUUAGUCACUUCCCAUAGGGAAAAGAAGGGAUUUCGAGCAACACGGGAGAUGUUGAGCCAGCCGCACGAAGAGAAGAAAAGAAGGAAGAAAAGCUACCAACUUUUCACGCCGAUCAAGAUUUUUUUUAAAGGAACCCGCCCCAGGUCGGCGGGAUUAGUCAUGAAGUGCACUGACAUUUUCUGAUUCGCUUUUCUCGGUACACACGUGACAGUUCAUUUCGAGAUUCAUUCUGAGAAGCCUAAUUCCAUCCAUCGUGCCUUCCUUCUUCAGACCUUGCUUUGCACGACGAAAAUUCCCGACUAACAGACCUAGAUGUACCUGACCUAUGUACCUUAGAUACAGGCAACUUGGUUAAGGGUUUUUUCUACAACCUGAGACUUACCAACUCGAGUUUCUCUUGCAUUAUGCAUUGGAUGAUAUGAACUCGCAUCGGAGAUGGGCUUUUUCCAGAAUGUUGACGCUACACGAUCUAAAACAGGAAGAAAUAGGAAGAGGAGGGAGAUAACAAAAGAGAUUGAGAAAGAAAGAAAAAAAAACGAUAAA